GGGAUUGUGUAAUCUCUGCCGUCAUGGAUCACCUCGCCUACCGUGCGUUCCAACUCACCUUUCCAACAACAAUACUAUCUCCCACGCUCAACCGUUAUUGUGUCAACCAUACCGCAUGAUGGCCCAACAUCUCGUCUACGCUCCGACCCCUCUUGCUUAGCCCACGACCAUUGUUGUCAGAUCAAGCGGGACCGCCCGGCGUCUUGGUUCCCAACAGUGGCCCCAGUCUUCAAGCAACCCUUUCUUCACACGCCCGUAUUUCACCGUGGAGUUCCAAUGGCCCACAAUGGGAGCACCAGAUCAAAAUCCUCCUUUCACUUUGCAGCCGGCCUGGGGUCCGGCGUUUGCUCGGCGGUGCUCCUCCAACCCUUGGACCUGCUGAAGACCCGAGUUCAACAGUCGGGUCAUCGGUCACUGUCUUCCUCUUUGAGUGAGGUAGCAGCAUCUCCAGACAAGUUACGGACGCUCUGGCGAGGCACAGUCCCUUCAGCUUUGCGGACAGGCUUCGGCUCAGCUCUCUACUUCACCUCUCUCAAUGCUAUCCGCGAACAUGUUUCCAAGUCAAAUCUUUUAGGACAUGCUGCCCCACGCACGUCGCAUUCAUCAUCCCUCCCUCGACUUUCAAAUUCCGCCAACCUUGUUGCCGGGGCCGUCGCUAGGACCUUUGCCGGCUUCGUACUCAUGCCAUUGACUGUCAUUAAGGUCCGAUACGAGUCGAGCAUGUAUUCUUACCAAUCCAUCUUAGGCGCCUCCAAAGACAUAUACAUCGCGAACGGCCUUCGUGGCUUCUUCUCGGGCUUCGGCGCCACGGCUGUCCGCGAUGCGCCCUACGCGGGCAUGUAUGUUCUCUUUUACGAACUGCUUAAAAAGCGUAUGAGCAGUCUAGUCGUCCCACAGCAAGCGGCUGUCGGCCACGAUGGAAAUGCAUCGCUUAAGAUGUCGCAAGCAGGCACCAUUAACUUUACUUCUGCCAUUCUCGCCGGAGCGGCGUGCUCGGCCGUCUCAAAUCCAUUCGACGCAAUCAAAACGCGAAUCCAGUUGCAGCCACAGGCGUAUCCUAACAUGUACCGAGCGUGCCGCAAGAUGCUCGCGGAGGAAGGCGUAAGAUCCCUAUUCGAUGGCCUCGCUCUACGAAUGAGCAGGAAGGCGCUGAGCUCUGCUCUAGCGUGGACAGUGUAUGAAGAACUGAUGCGGAGGGCAGAGCGCAUGUGGAACCCAAAUAUGGAGCGGGUCGAGGUAUAGAUUGUACUUGUAUCGUUGCUCUCCUCUCUGGUCUUCUCCUAGGUUUGUUCUUCAGUAUGGGAGGCAGUAUGGUCUUGAAAUAACACAAGUUUGUCUGGUUGC